AGAUACUUAUAGGCGCAAUGUACGUGCGUAUAAUACAGCGUGUCUUCAGACCUAAUGAUGUUGGCACUAUGGAACUACAAGAUGAUUCACAUGAAACGUCGGAACCACAGCUAACUAAAGAAAAAUUGGAUGAACUCGAUCUUCAUUUCGCAGGAUAUGGAGAGUGUGAACACUGUGGGGAGUAUAAGACCGACAUCAGAUGGUGUACGACAUGUAAUGCUGAGCACUUCUCGAAGCUUCAGUGGGAAAGUGGUAAUAAUAUAAUCGACAAUUUUAUUAGGAGUAUUCAGAGUAGAGCCACGAAUCAUCAUAAAAUUCUGGAAUGGGUUUCAUUCAAAAAUUUCGAGAAUGUUAAAUAUAUUGCGGAAGGCGGUUAUGGAAUCGUGUAUAAAGCCAAAUGGAAAGGAGGACGCAUUCUUUACUUUGAUAGCGAGACUCAGGAUUGGAAAAGAAGUGGAGAUAUGGAUGUUGUACUUAAAAGUUUACAUGAUUCGAAGGAUAUAACAAAGGAGUUUUUCAACGAAAUUGAUGGUCAAAUGAAAUCACAUUAUGAGCUUGGCAAUACAAUCGAGUGUUUUGGAAUAACAAAAGAUCCCAAUACUGAGAACUUCAUGAUGAUUAUGAAGUUUAUGAAAGAUGGCAGUCUUCGUGAUUAUAUAAGAAAUAAAUUUUCAACUUUAACGUGGAUCCAAAAAUUAGAAAUAUUAUAUACAGCGGCUAAGGGUCUCUGCAAUAUCCACGAAGUAAACCUAAUUCAUAAAGAUUUGCACACUGGAAACAUCGUUCUCUAUGAUCAAGUAUCUUAUAUCACAGAUUUUGGAUUUUGCAAACCGGCUAAUUAUGAAAUGCCGGAGGGUGCAAAGAAUGGUGAAAUAUUUGGUGUAUUGCCAUAUAUUGCACCGGAAAAUUUAUGCGGAGAAAAACACUCGAUGGCAACAGAUAUAUAUGCCUUCGGGAUUAUUAUGAACGAGGUGGCAUCAGGCUGCCCACCAUUUUAUGAUAAAAAGCAUGACUCCGGUCUUGCGUUAGAAAUUAAUGACGGUUCUCGUCCAGUGAGCUGUGAAAAUAUUACUCCGCCAUUAAUCAUUGAUUUGAUUAAAAGAUGUUGGAACAAAAAUCCCGAAGAAAGACCACAAGCAAAAGAGUUGCAAAAAUGUCUCGGAGAUUGGUAUUUCCAAUCAAAAUCAGAAAGCUUCCAUGAAAUAAAAGACCAAAUUGAAAAAAUAGAAAAAUCGCAAAACUUUGAAAAAUACCUGAGUAGUAUACCAUGCAAAAGUACUUCGUCGGAAUUUCAUAAUUCCUAUACGAGUAGUAAAGUGAGCAUUGUGAAAUCCGUGAGAGUACCUCACAUCGAAUCUGCGUCAGACAGUGGUGUUUAUAAUCUGACGAUUCCCGAUGAGAAUGAUGAAGUAAAUAAUAACUAA